GCGAACAAAAUGGCGACACACCGAUGGCUUCCUGUCAAAAUGGAAUUUACAAGUUUGGAGUAGUGGGAAGGGCUUCACCAAUAGAUAUGAAAUAGAGAUUUAGAUUCACCUGUAUCACCAUGGCUACUCCAAGGACUCCAGCCCCUCAGCUGCUGAAGCCUAGGCCUGUGUUACAACUGAUAGCUGAGAGUGAGGAGCGGCUGUGGACACGCCUUGACCUGUCUGAUAGUAACGAGUUCAACCUCCACACACCUGAUACAGGUAGCCGUCUCCUCAGGCAUGGAAAAACAAUCAAGACUAUCCACCGGUACUUUGGAGAUCUGGAGCAAAGGAAAUGCUGUCUGUCCUUGACUGGCUGUAAGACAAAAUUCAACCAAGUCAGACUGGUAAGGAAUGAUGGCAGGGACUCGGGUAUAGAGGAAGGUGCAAUGAUGAAGACAGCAACAGACAACAGUACACGGGUCAAUGAUCUGGAUGACACAGAGCUGAGAGUGUUCCGGUUUGCGUAUGUGUGUGCCUCCCUGCCCGUCCUUGGUGCUCCUGAGCCUCCCUCAGCAUUAUCACCUUCCCCAGUCUUCACACCCAUAGAUACAAACAAAAAGUUCACAUACAGUGGCAGAGUGCGAAGUCCGACCCCUCACGACAGCGGGGUGGACGAACAGGAUGAUACAUCCAUUGUCCCCGCUGAGACACUGCGGGAGCUUUUGAUGAGGGCCUUUCGCCUGGUCCCUGAGAAAUUCCAUCAAUAUGAACAAAGAAUUGCUCAAAACUAUGGCAACAAACAGGCAGAAAAGAUUCUGGCAGAAGAGUUAGUAGGACAGCUGGCAGCAUUGCAAAAAAAUAGCAAUCCGUUUUACAGUCCAGACUCAUUCAUGAAUACUCAGGGCUAUGAUAAGUGGCAGAGGAGAGAAUUUGCCCACAUCGCAGAUCUGAUGAAGAAAUUCUGGCACCUCACAUAUCCGCCACCUUCCACCAGUCACAUCCACAGUCUACGAACGAUCCACGAUGACUACAGAGCUCUAAUGGAGAGACUUAUCAGGUACGAGUCCCCGUAUCGUCUUGAGGGAGAAUUGCAUGCCCCUGGACCUACCUCUCCAUUGUCUUCAGCUUCUAUCCGACUUCUGAAGGAAUUCGGCCUCCGCUAUGGAAUACGAGAGCUGUACCGUAAGAUUGUUUACCUGUUAUACCUGUCGAAGAACUUUGACCCAACUGUCUGGUUUAUGCAACACACCUGUGCUGUUCUCACCUGUUUAAUGGACUCUAUUCCCAAGAAUGAUGCUCAGCUGGUGCUAGUAAAGAAAGAGCAUACCCUGCUUGUGGAAUGUGUCAAUGCGUUGGAGACCCAAGUGAUCACCACACUUACCAAGAUGAAGGUUCUGUUUCCCAACAAUAGGCCUGCAGAAGCUCUAGAAAGUCUGAUAGAACUGAUGACUGUUACCCUACAGGCCAAAUCCAGCCUGACCAGACACAGGAGUGACACACUACAGAGCUUCCUACUCAAACAAGUUCAGAAAAUUUUUCCAACAUGUUAUAAGGAACACAAGAUGGUGGUGGUUAGUGACCUUGGUUUGACCUCUCCAGAGCAGUUGUCACCAGUGUUGUUGAACAGGAUGAUUGGACAGAUCAGAGAUGAAGUAAAAGAAUACAAAUUACAUUACCAGAGUAGCUUUGAAAAGUAUUUUCCCAUAGUGCGGGAGGCUGCCCAGUCCUUGUAUAGACUACUGAUGGACGAUGUCACGUGUCUCUGUCAGCUCAAACAAAAACAGUUUACCACCUUAGAGAUUGACAAAUCAAUGCUAGGUCUGGGGUACAGAUUAAACCAGCUGGACCAGGACUGGUCAUCGUAUCUCACACCAGAAAUGGAGACAUGGCGAGAGGUGUUUGUGAAGGAGGAACUGCAUUGGACAGUUGUAAUCAAGGUUACCCUGCAACACCUAGUGGUCCGAUCAGUCUCGCUGGAUCAGUUUCGGAUGGAGCAGUAUGAAGAUCUACAGAGCUGCUAUAGCAGUUCUCUGAGCUCCUUCCCUUCAUUUGACAACAGGCGACGAACGAUUUCCACUAAGUCCAUCACUCCAUCUCUAAAUAGUGCCUUUAGUGGACUGGUGUCGUCUGCUCAGUCUACACCAGUUCACAACAAACGUACCUCACUUACAUCAGAAUGUGGGACACAUUAUCCGACAAUUCAUGAGUCCCCGCUGCCAUUACCAGGACAGCCAUCAGUGCUCAGCCAAGAACAACAACGAGCCAGAACAGAAGCUGUGAAUAUCCGUAAGUUUUCACAGAUGGAGGACAUGCGUGGGCUACAUUCUGAUUUUGGGCUGAACAAGACUGAUGGGGACACAAAGUCCUUGGAAGAUUUUGUGGAUGAGUAUGGAGACGCGAUGGUGACCUUUAGUUAUAUCAGACAUAGCAGUUCCCUCCCCGACAUCCUCAGCAAAAGUUAUGACCACAGUCUUAGUGUCUCACGAAGGCAUAUCAGUCAGAACCUUGGUGACAAGGACCUUCCAGAAAUCAAACCAGUGUCAUGUGACCAUAAUAAGAAUCAAUCACUUAUUGACAAAGUUUUACCUGAUGAUUCUGAGGGCCAGUCAGAAAAGCAGAAAAUGUCACAUGAUCUAGUUGUCAGUGCAGAAGUCCAUCAGCAAUCAUUUGAAGACAGUGAAUUGAUGAAAGCAAAGGUUAGUAACCAUGACGAUGAUAAGGACAUCCAUCAGCAUUUACUGGAAGACGAUGAAUUGAUGAAAGCAAAGGUUAGUAACCAUGACGAUGAUAACGACAUCCAUCAGCAAUUACUGGAAGACGAUGAAUUGAUAAAAGCAAAGGUUGGUAACCAUGACGAUGAUAAGGACUCUUUAGCUGAAGAGUUCCAUAAUGAUAGUGACAAUACAUUUACAGAGUCAGAUGAUGACAACCUCACAGAUCACACAGAGUCUGCUGAUGAGGACUUUGCCUUUCCUCCAAUAGAAAUUGUAUCCAUGGUUAGUGAAAAAUUAGAUACUCAGGCCAUUAUGACCCCUGUGCCAUCCACACAGAAGAAAGACCUUAUAGCAGCCAGUUUCAAAGAGAUGAAUGGUAGUACGGGUCCGUCUCGCCCUACGAUUGUAUUAGACAGACACAUAUCAUGUGAUAGCGUGGAGGACUCUGUGACCCCCGCCAACUCUGUGAGCUCUCCCAUCUCCCCCUCAUCUCCGACUCCCAAAGUCAUGUCCAUGCUGCCAUUGUCAAGUUCUGUGGUGGAUCUGAUUGUGAUGCUGCAGCGUUUAGUGGAGUUCAGUUCUACGAUCAGCCAGACUUUCUGUCACAGUACUGUUAAGGGCCAGACUUCUGUCAAUGAAGACUCCAUCUUGUCCUUGGAGUCUUGCUCAGAUGAAUUUUAUCUCACCACCAAGAUGAGUGAUGCACGCCAGAAACUGUACGACAACAUUUUUGAGGGUUUGUGUAACACUCUGUGUGUGUAUGCUGAUAACAUGCUGUGUUUGGACCUUUGUGGGACCACGGUGUCCGUUGCCAGGAGACUGGUAGGACCUCAGCUGGUGUCCUACCUCCAGACUCAGCAGACGGGCGGCCUCAUUUGGGGCUGUCGCCACGACACCAACAGGGUGAAGGACUGCUUCAUGUAUGUCAACAAGAAGGCAGAGCUACUCUGUGAUCGUUAUGAGCCCAUUACCAAAGACAUGUGUACCCGGAUCAACAACAUGGCGGCAGUUUCCGACUACCUUGACAGUUACCAUGGCAAGCUUGGAAAAGCCUUUGAUGUCUACAACGAUUGGCGGCUUAAACACAAGAGCUACACUCCUACAAGUGACCAUAACAGCUAUGACAAAACAGAGUAUGAAGUUGUGACAGGAUUUUCUUACAAUCCUGAGUCUGACCGUCAGUUUGUCAUGGAGACUGCAUCUCAGAUAACAUCGACGACCACUUCAUCACGGUCAUGUCAUUCUGUCAUUGUGCAGAGUCUCACAAGGCCGUGCCAUGAUCACUUGAUGGCUGUCCUGCGUGCCCUAAGUAGGAUCAUGGCCUACAGGAUAAACCUGUUUGUGUGUGAUGCCCUGCAUGUGUUGCUUGGCUUGAAGCACCCAGAUGACCCCAUACAUGUGUGCCUCCAGCCCCUCACACAGUUCCUGCAGAACUACUUUGACUCCCUACAGGCAUGGCUGUACCCAGACUGCUUUAGGAGGGUCACAGAGUGCAUCUGGAUAUUUAUUGUACAAGAUUUUGAGGAAGAGCUCAGCAGGUUAAUGUUGGGAGAUGGCAACGGAGAAACAAAUGGUCGGACACUCAUACAAGCUCUCUCACAUCUGCUUACAUUCAUUACCCACCAAGACAAAGACAUAAGGAAAGAUCUACUGCUGUCACAGGCGGAGGAUGUUAUGUUUAAGCUACAGCUGUUUACAGAGUCUACACCACAGUUGAUGAGGUUACACAAUGCUCUCAAGGAACAUAAUGUGUGGACAGAUACCACCAGUACCUGUACAAUAGACGGAGCUCUACAGGCCACACUACACAAGAUGAGACGGGAACUCCAGAUGUACUCAAAGUGUUUCAGUGGGAAACAGCUGACAGACUGGAUCAUGGCAAACCCUGGCCCUUUCUGUAACAUGUGGGAGGAGGUUUCAGCAGAGGACAUCUCAAAGAAACGCACUAACUGUGUCGCCGUGGCACAGUGGCUCAUGGACCAAGGACUUCUUGUGGAUAUAGAAACCGAGUUGUUUGGACAGUUUGAAGGAAGCAUGAACCAUGCACCUGACCUAUGCUCCUCAGACGAACCCUUGGAUCUAAACUACCCGGCCCUCAGUAUCCACAGCAGCAUGCCCACAUCUGGGCAUGUAUCGGACAUCAGUUCCCCCGACGACACGCCCACAGGGUCACCUUCAGGACGUGCUGCUAUGAACUUCACUCCAGCAUUAGGGAGGCUUACCCGGUCAAGAGAUAGUACUCCUGUGCCACGGUCACGACCUCAAAGCCACCUACUGUCUCAGAGUCGAAGCAGGAAGGGGACUCCAUUACCACGGUUUGCAAACCUAUCAGUGUAUGAUGAUCAGAUGAAUUUCUUGAGUCUUACAGAAGACGAUCCUAAUGAUAUCAGUCGCUAUGGCCUGGGAGUCAGUAACCCUGGUGAUGACUCCUUACUCAGUGAUAACUACGACUACGGCGAAUCUUCUGCUGGAAUGUUCUCACCGCGCCUCGAUUCCAUGCUCGCAAGUCGACUGUUCCAGGAUGGUACAAAUCACUUCUACCACAUAACAAGUCUGAUGGACUCCAGUAUCCACCCUCAGACACAGUCUCGGAGUCCCAACGUACCCAGCGAGCUCAACACACUGGUAGAGCAGUGCUUUCAGAGGAAAAUUGUGCCAGAUUAUAUCAUCACCAUACUGUACAGCAGGAGGAAAUAUGAUUAUGUGGCUAAAAUGUUCUCUCAGAGAACACUACAGGAUCCAGACUGUGACCUUGUCAUCGGACGGUCAGACUCUACCUGUGUCACCAGCUAAUCUAUAGCAAGUGUUUCAGCUGCAGAAUUCCAAUGGGCAGUACAGUUAUAAGUAUUAAUGUCUACUUGCCUGUACAAACUUGUUAAACUACACUGGAUCCAGGUGCUUUCAUUAUUAUUAUCAUUUUUUUAAUUAUUGGAAUUAUGAUACAAAACAAAUAUACUGUCUAAUAUCUUAUACUCUUAAAUUUAUCCUAAAUCGUCAUAUUGUGUCAAAGAGUUAAUAUUGAAACCUGUUGUGAGAAAACUAUAUACAAUGAACACUGCUAUUCUUAAACUGGUUUUCUAGAUGAUGGUGACAAUCAAACCUACAUAAUUAUCAUGUAUAAAUUAUUUACAUUAGAUGCUAAUAUAUAUACAGAUUUUUUCAAAGUUUAUAUUUUAAACAUAUCAACAUAUCAAUAUAUUUUUUCAUCAACACUUAAUAUGAAUUAGUUUUAGUGGUGAUCAUAUGUAAGCAUGUCAUGCAAAUUCCAGUACGCAAUAUUAUGAUAAUUGCUAAAUUAAAUAAAUGUUUCUUCCUAAAUGCUAUAAAUAGCGAUUCAGCACUAAAUUAUUAAGACUGUAGCUGAAAAAAUUGUAACACACUUUAAAUGCAUGCAAAAGUUUAGCCAGUGUGAUACUGAGUGUGACAAUAUUGUUUAAAAGGACUGUGUUUUUAAUCCAUUCACCCCUGAAGUCACUUUUGAGCCUCACCCAAUCAAAGACUGGACAGGUCCAGUUUAGGUAUGUAGGGUGAAUGAAUUAAGAUAUUAUUAAGAGUAGGGACAAAAGAGGAAAUGGUUUGUCAGACAUUUUUAUAGCAUAAUGAAAGUCGGCUAUGUAGUACGUGUACCUAUAUACAUUAUGUCAGAGUUAUCUAAAUGACCUGCUGUGUGUGUAUUACAUGUUGAGGUACGAUAACAGUAUACUGGUAAACUUUCGCCGAGUCAAAUAUUCCCUUUUUUGAUAAAAUCAAUGUUCACCCAGUGUUCAUUUUGUCCUUCAUAUGUAAUUAUGGUACUAUAUAUUGCAUGUUGUCAACAAAAAUUUGCUGUCGUUAUAAAUUAGCCCUCAUUAUAUUGGGUAGCGGUAAAUUAGCCCUCAUUAUAUUGGGUAGCGGUAAAUUAGCCCUCUUUAUAUUGGGGAGUGGGAAAAAGGCGAAAGUUAAACUGUGGCAAACAUUUCCCGGCAUACAAUGCUGUUGAAAUCACAUUUUGAUGAAAUCACAUUUAUUCUAGGAUUUUCGUCUUGGUUGAUAAUGUAUAACAAUUUCUUACAAUGCCCACCUACAUUUAUAUUUAAUGUUGUAUAUUCAUGCAGGGAAUCCGUGCAUUUCUUAGGUUUAUACAUUAUGUAACUAUUUAUACACAAUGUACAUGUAUAAUAACUACAGUAAUAUGAUAUAUGUUGUAUACAGGAUAUUUCAAACCCACUUUGUAUAAUGUUAAAACAUUUUUUUAUCAUUGUAACUUAUGGGACUUCAUAUUCAGGCCCAGGGGUGUACAAGUUCAUAUCUAUAGUAUAUGUACAAGUGCAGCUGAUAGGCUGAUUUUGAAAAUCUAUACAAGUCUAACGUAUAUUUUCAUAGUACCUGGCAAAUAUUGAAAACCUUCUCUAGCCUUGACGUAACAUCUACUAACUCAAGGUGUCAGGCAAGUCAGAUCGUACUCCCCUGGCUUUACAUUUUUUUUUUAUAUCUGCGGUAAGGCCAGCAGGACAUUCAGGAAUCACAUGUAUUUAGAAUCAAAUUAUGCAAUAAAACAGUUCAUGUUGAUAUUUUUAUGAAAAAGUAUAUUACACAAUGUAUUUCUAUUUUUUUACAUUCCAUGGUUCAAUACAAAAUUGUUGUAUUCCAGAUUCUAUAUUCUGUCUAAACAAAUAUGCAUGGAACUAGUGUUGAAAAGGGAGAUAACUAUAGCUAUCCACUCAGCACAUAAGUUGGGUCAAGGGUUGCUUUAAGAGCUUAGUCCCAAAGUAGGUUUUUCAUGCUGUUUUUUUUUGUUUUUUUUUACAAGGAAUUGUCAGUAUGUCAUGUGUUUUUAUGAUUUUGUAAUUCCAGAUAGGUUUGAUGGGGUAGGUACAUAUGUAUAUGCUAUUGAAUGAAAAUCAAAUAUUUGUGAGAAACUUUUUUUUUAGUUUUUCAGGCGCUUUAUUCAUUAUCAUGUUAACAAUUUUUGAGGAAGAUUUUUGAGUUGUUGCCUCAUGGAUUUUUCAUCUCAGCCACAUGUACACGUAGAUGCUUUGUUACUACAAGGAAAUGUGCCAAUACACCGCUGUAACUUUGCACAAGGCUCCCUAGAUUAACUUAUCAGGUGCAAUAUUUUCAAAUGUGAUUCAUAUCAUCAUGUGCCAAACAUAUCAUUGCUUGAUGAUGUUUCAUUUCAUUUAUUCUUAAACAUUCUAGAAGUGCUUCCAUAAAUAAUAACACUAAUGAAUGGAUUCCUAUCAUUAUGAUUAUCAACUUGAUAAUGAAUAGUGUUUUAUUGUCUAUUAAGGAUAGUGAUUAGGUAGUAUUUAAGCAAACAGAUGAUCUCAAUUUGUGAAAAAUAGAUAUUUUUGUAAUUCACAUUAGUAUUUUCAGAACACAGUUUUUUUUAGCUCACCUAGUCCGAAGGAGGGAUUUAAUGUAAUAUGAAUAAUUUCCCAUGGUUGCUUUAUUAUCCAG